GCCAUUUUUAAAGCAUUUCCGUGCAGUGCUCCGCUCCGCCAGUUUGGAUUCUCGUUUCUCUCGGGAUUUUCGGACGGUUUCUCGCCUUUUUCUUCCCUUUGUCCGUCCAUCGUCUCAUUCCUCCUUGGCGAGGGCCUGUGAUCAUGUCUGACUUUCUAGAGAGUGAAGCUGAGGAAUCUGAGGAAGAGUACAAUGAAGAAGGAACAGUGGUACAGAAGAAAUCUAAAAAAUUCAUGGAUGAUGAUGAUGAAGAGGAAGAAGAGGAGGAUGAAAAUGCAGAUGACCAGGAUGAGCAGGGAAAUUUAAAGGAUUUCAUUAAUGAUGAUGACGAUGAUGAGGAGGAAGAGGAGGAGGAGGAAGAUGACGAUGACGAUGGAGCCAGUGAGGGUUCUGGAGGUUCAGACUCUAUCACAAAAAAAAGAAAGCGUAAAGCUUAUGAUGACAGGCUGGAAGAUGAUGAUUUUGACCUAAUUGAGGAAAACCUGGGUGUCAAAGUCAAAAGGAAAAAAUUCCGGCGUGUGAAAGUAUCCGAUGAUGAAGAUGAUGAAGAAGAAGAAACUGCAAAGAAAGGACAUGAGAAAGAGGCUAUUGCUGAUGAACUGUUUCCAGAAUUUGAAGGUGAAGAGGGAGAGCAGGUUGAAGCACCGGUGGUAGCUCCUGAGGAAGAUGAAGAAGAAGAAGAGGAGGAAUCGGAUAUUGAUGACUUCAUUGUUGAUGAUGAUGGACAACCAAUCAAAAAACCAAAAUGGAAGAGGAAGUUCCCAGGUUACACAGAUGCUGCUCUUCAAGAAGCUCAGGAGAUCUUCGGAGUAGAUUUUGAUUAUGAUGAGUUUGAAAAAUACAAUGAGUAUGAUGAGGAACUUGAAGAUGAAUAUGAGUUUGAAGAUGAAGAAUUGGGAGAAGGUGAAACCAGAGUUCGUCCAAAAAAAACCACCAAAAAACGUGUCAGCCGCCGUAGUAUCUUUGAGAUUUAUGAGCCUAGUGAGCUGGAAAGCAGUCACCUCACUGAUCAGGACAAUGAAAUCAGAGUUACAGAUAUGCCAGAAAGAUUCCAGCUUCGUGGCAUUCCAGUCAAACCUGCUGAAGAUGACGAGCUAGAGGAAGAGGCUGACUGGAUUUAUAGAAACGGCUUCUCAACGCCGACCAUUUCUUUGCAGGAAAGCUCAGAAUACCUCGAACGUGGCCAGGGUGUGAGCAACUUUAGCCGCAAAGGCCCUGCUACUAUCCAGAAGAUAAAAGAAGCACUCAAUUUUAUGAGGAACCAGCAUUUUGAGGUGCCUUUCAUUGCAUUCUACAGAAAGGAGUAUGUGGAGCCAGAACUGAACAUCAAUGACUUGUGGAAGGUCUGGCAAUGGGAUGAAAAGUGGACGCAGCUUAGAACGCGAAAGGAAAACCUUACACGACUGUUCCAGAAGAUGCAGGCAUACCAAUAUGAACAAAUUUCUGCUGAUCCAGACAAACCCCUGGCUGAUGGAGUUAGGGCACUUGACACAGCAGACAUUGAAAGAUUGAAAGACGUACAGUCAACUGAUGAGUUGCGAGAUGUCUAUAAUCAUUUCCUGCUGUAUUAUGGUCGUGAUAUUCCAAAAAUGCAAAAUGCCUCAAAGCCAAGGAAAAAGAAAUACAAAAAAAACCAGCAGGAUGGAGAAGAUGAAGAGGAAGGAGAGAGGGAUGAAGAGGUUGAAGAUGAUGAACAUCGUGGGCCAGAACUUAAGCAGGCUUCUCGCAGAGACAUGUAUACAAUCUGCCAGACUGCUGGUCUAGACGGUCUUGCAAAGAAAUUUGGUUUGACUCCUGAACAGUUUGGUGAGAACCUGAGAGACAGUUACCAGCGACAUGAAACUGAACAGUUUCCUGCUGAGCCGCUGGAACUUGCAAAAGAUUACGUCUGCAGUCAAUUUCCAACACCUGAGGCUGUUCUGGAAGGUUCGCGAUACAUGGUGGCCAUGCAGAUUGCCCGAGAACCAUUGGUCAAGCAAGUUGUACGACAGACCUUCCAAGAAAGAGCCAAGAUUAACAUUAAACCAACAAAAAAAGGCAAAAAGGAUAUUGAUGAAGCCCAUUUUGCUUAUUCAUUCAAAUAUGUAAAGAACAAGCCAGUUAAGGAAUUGAGGGAUGAUCAGUUCCUCAAAAUGUGCCUUGCUGAGGAUGAUGGCUUACUAACGAUUGACAUCUGUAUUGAUAUGAAAGGAGUUGAGGGUUAUGGAAAUGACCAGACUUAUUUUGAUGAAAUCAAGCAAUUUUACUAUCGUGAUGAAUUCAGCCAUCAAGUGCAAGAGUGGAACAGACAACGCAGCAUGGCAAUUGAACGUGCACUAAACCAGUUCCUCUACCCCCAGAUGGGUAAGGAACUGAAAAAUAAGCUGCUAAUUGAGACAAGGGACUACCUUUGCAAGUGUUGUAGCCGCAAACUUUACAACUGGCUGAAAGUUGCGCCAUAUCGACCUGACCAGCAGAAUGAAGAAGAUGAUGAUGACUUCAUGGAAGAAAAUCAGGGUAAAGGAGUUCGAGUGCUUGGUUUGGCAUUUUCAGGAGAAAGGGAUACACCAGCCUUCUGCUCUCUUGUUAAUGGAGAGGGUGAAGUGACAGAUUUCCUUCGUCUGCCUUAUUUUUUGAAGCGAAGGAAUGCAUGGCGAGAGGAAGAAAGAGAGAAAAAGGCACAUGAUAUUGAAACUUUGAAAAAGUUUCUUCUAAAUAAGAAACCCCAUGUUGUGGCUGUGGGUGGAGAAAACAGGGAUGCACUUAUGGUUGUCGAGGACAUAAAACGAAUAGUGCACGAAUUAGAACAGGAGCAUCAGAUGUCACCUAUUGGAGUGCAGCUGGUGGACAACGAACUAGCUCUUCUGUACAUGAAUAGUAAAAAGUCAGAGAAUGACUUUAGGGAUUAUCCACCAUUGCUACGUCAGGCGGUGUCAUUGGCUCGUCGGGUACAGGAUCCACUUGUGGAAUUUGCCCAGGUUUGCAGCUCAGAUGAAGACAUUGUCUGCCUCAAAUUCCAUCCAUUGCAGGAACAAGUAAUAAAAGAAGAAUUAUUGAAUGCACUUUACUGUGAGUUCAUAAAUCGAGUGAACGAAGUUGGUGUUGAUGUAAACAGAGCAAUAACUCAUCCACAUACUCAGGCAUUGGUUCAGUAUGUCUGUGGCCUGGGACCUCGUAAAGGAUCACACCUUCAGAAGAUCCUCAAACAGAAUAACACUCGCCUGGAAAACAGGACCCAGCUAGUUACGAUGUGUCAUAUGGGCCCAAAAGUCUUCAUCAAUUGUGCAGGAUUUAUUAAAAUAGAUACUGCCUCAUUAGGUGACAGUACUGAUUCCUACAUUGAGGUCCUCGAUGGCUCAAGAGUUCACCCUGAAACUUAUGAAUGGGCCAGAAAGAUGGCUGUGGAUGCACUCGAAUAUGAUGAGUCUGCAGAGGAUGCCAACCCAGCAGGAGCACUGGAAGAAAUUUUGGAAAAUCCUGAGCGACUAAAAGAUCUUGACCUUGAUGCAUUUGCUGAAGAACUGGAGAGGCAGGGCUAUGGUAACAAAGGUAUCACACUGUAUGAUAUUCGAGCUGAGCUGAGCUGCAGGUACAAGGAUUUACGAGUUCCAUGUCGUGCAGCAAACUCGGAAGAAAUUUUCAAUAUGUUGACAAAAGAAACUCCAGAAACAUUUUAUAUUGGUAAAUUGAUUACAUGCAUUGUAACAGGGAUUGCUCACAGGAGGCCUCAGGGUGAAAGUUAUGAUCAAGCUAUAAGGAAUGAUGAAACUGGACUCUGGCAGUGUCCUUUCUGCCAACAAGACAACUUUCCAGAACUUAGUGAGGUUUGGAAUCAUUUUGACAGUGGUGCUUGUCCUGGUCAAGCUAUAGGUGUGAAAACAAGGCUAGACAACAAUGUUACAGGUUUCAUUCCAACAAAAUUCCUCAGUGACAAAAAUGUGAAACACCCUGAAGAAAGGGUCAAGAUUGGUAUGACUGUGCAUUGCAGAAUAAUGAAGAUAGAUAUUGAAAAAUUUAGCGUGGACCUCACCUGUCGAACAUCUGAUCUAAUGGACAAGAACAAUGAAUGGAAAUUGCCCAAAGACACGUAUUAUGACUUUGAUUCUGAGGCAGCAGACCAAAAGGUAGAUGAUGACGCAAAGAAGAAACAGCAGCGCACGACAUAUAUCAAGCGAGUAAUAGUGCACCCUUCAUUCCACAAUAUCAACUUCAAGCAGGCUGAGAAAAUGAUGGAAACCAUGGACCAAGGAGAUGUUAUCAUCAGACCUAGCAGCAAAGGAGCAAAUCACCUCACUGUAACCUGGAAAGUGACUGAUGGGAUCUAUCAACAUAUAGACGUAAGAGAAGAAGGCAAAGAGAAUGCCUUUAGCUUGGGACAGUCUCUUUUGAUCAACAAUGAGGAGUUUGAAGACCUUGAUGAAAUCACUGCUCGCUAUGUGCAACCAAUGGCAUCUUUCGCUCGUGACCUGCUGUAUCACAAAUAUUACCAGGAUUGCAGUGGCGGAGACCGUAAGAAAAUGGAAGAGCUGCUGUCAAAAUCCAAAAGAGAAAAGCCCUCUUUCAUUCCUUAUUUUAUUUCAGCAUCAAAGGAAUUACCUGGAAAAUUUUUGUUAGGCUACCAACCUCGAGCUAAACCAAGGGUGGAGUAUGUUACAGUAACACCAGAAGGAUACCGCUACAGAGGACAAGUUUUCCCAACUGUGAAUGGACUGUUUAGAUGGUUUAAGGAUCACUUCCAAGAUCCUGUGCCAGGUAUUACUCCUUCAAGUACAAGCAGAUCCAGCAGAACACCUGCCUCUAUGGAUGCAACACCAGCUAAUAUUAAUUUGGCAGAUCUUACACGAGCAGUUAAUGCUCUCCCACAGAACAUGACAACACAAAUGUUCAAUGCCAUAGCAGCUGUUACUGGACAGGGUCAGAAUCCAAACGCUACUCCAGCACAGUGGGGAUCCAGCCAAUAUGGUUACGGAGGAAGCAGUGCCUAUCAUGUUUUUGCAACUCCUGCACAGCAGCCAGUAGCAACACCAUUGAUGACUCCAAGCUAUUCAUACACAACUCCCAGUCAACCCAUGACAACACCACAGUACCAUGGCAAUGCUACACCUCAAGCUUCUGUCAUACCUCCAUCUACAACACGACAAAGAUCGCAGCCAAAGACUUCAACUGCUCAUACUGCCGUAGACUGGGGUAAGAUAGCAGAACAGUGGCUACAGGAAAAAGAACAGGAAAGACGAAAACAGAAAGCAAAGAUGACUCCUCGACCUUCACCUAGUCCCAUGAUUGAAGGCACCCCAAUGUCAAUCGCAGGUGAUGCCACCCCAUUGCUGGAUGAAAUGGAUCGGUAGAGGACAAAAUGAAUAGUGUUUGAACAUUAAUACCACUUUACUGGUCUGCUAUUUUCAGUGUUUCCCUCAACCAAACAACUUUUCUCAGCUACAUGUCGGCUAUUUUCAGAAUGCCUGUGACACUCAGUAUUGUCCAUACAAGAAGCAUGUUUUCAGAAGCCUAAGGAAAAUCACUGGAAUACUGGAAUGAGUAGGCUUACGUACUAUGCCAAAUGGCUGAAACAGUAAGUGCACAUCUGUACUCUGCUGGGACUUGCACACCUGCAAAAAAAAUGUCAGUUUACAGUCAGCCUAAUUUUAAUUUCUACAGAGCACUCAAAUUUCAGAACAUUUGUAACCGUUGAGUAAUGGAUAACUCUAUAAGGCAUACUGGUUAUCACCUGCUUGACAAAUACAAAUGUUUCAUAUACUAUGAUGGUGUACAUAAAUGGGCAUAUGCAAAAUUGUUUUGUUUUAUUAUGCUUGUGAAACUCAAACAGCAAACCUAUCCCCAGCAUGUUCUGGGGGGAGAAGAUAGUUUAAAUUGUACUUGAUUUAAAAAUAUUUUUUUCCCUUUAAAUAAAAGAGCAUUUAGUUUUGAAGACAUUUUCUCAUGCUCUGGUUAUUUUUCAACUUGAAUCAGAACAAUGUCUCAAUUGCCUAAAGAGGCACUUGAAGUGUGAAAUAAUUCAAACGUAAAUAGCAUUAUUCUUGCAUUUGUUUCAAAACAAUUCAGUAUGUAAAUGAUAGCAUAAGGGGAUACUCUUGAGAGAUUUAGAUCUGUGUGAAGUUUAAUCAAAUUACCAAUAUCUGAAUUCCAAUAGUUUGUUAAUAUGUGUGUGUGUAUAUAUAUUGUAUAUAUGAUAGCAGGUUUAUUCUGUUUUCAGUUUUUCUUUGCAGCAGCAAAUGAUGUACUAACAGAUGGAAGAUAGAUUGACCAUUGUACCAUGUCAUCUGAGCUGGUUGCCAUUGUAUGAUGUCAUUUGAUCUGCAACAGUGAGUUGUAGUUAUAUACACAGGGUAUGCUGUUUCACUGCAGCAGGUACUGAAAUGAAACCUAUGCUGUUGUGGUCCAAAUGAAAUAGUACAGUAGUCCUUCAGCUCAACAUGUCCGACCAAUAGUUUACCCUGUCACUUCUGCUAGUCACAGAAAGCCACCCCACACAUUCCACUCGGAGGGAAUGAUGCAGUGAAUAGAUGUACCAUUUUUUUAUAUCCGUAAAGUCACCUUAAUGCCUUCAUAUUAUCUUUCCUGUACAAUUCCACCUUUUGUGCUCUAUUUUUCAUUGUUGAGGCAAAAUAGCACCCAGUCUAUAUUAAGUUACUCCUUUCUAUCAAAUUUGUCAAUUUAAAAUGCUUUCAGAAACAUGGCUCAGAAAUAAGUGAAGGCUGUUAGGAAAUAGAUUCUUGAAUACUUACAGUAUUAUGUUAGCUGAGCUAUUUAUCCUAAUGGAAAUUGUAGCCAGUUUGUAUUAAACUUCUGUGUGGUUUAUGGGAAAGCAUUUAAUGGAAAUUAUUAUCAUCCUGUCCAUAUUGUCUUUAUUUCAUUCUUAAAAUUGGAUACCUUUUCUGACCCUUGGCCAUACCUGAACAAUAAGUGCUAAACUAUUGCAAUAAGGCUUCAAAAGAUUUAAAUGUAGUGCAUUGUCCAAAUAUAUGGUUUCAACUUACCCUUUUUACUAAGUAAUAAGUCAGAUGAGGAAGUUACUUCUGCAGCUGAUAAGUGGUAAAUUAGUAAUGAUGUAAUCAUGAGAUAUAUGUAGGAUGUGCUUGGGGUACUUCAAGCAUUUGACCUAAUACGAUACCAGAUGUACUAAAAUAACUAAAUACAACUUGGUUAGUUUACAGUAGCACAAACAUUGAAAUGAUGAACUUGCAAGUAUUUUCUCUUUGAAACCCAGUUCAUGCCUCAUCUAAAGGCUUGACAUGUUUGAACUUCUUUAACAGGACAAUAAUUUAGAUCAAGUGGAAAGAAUAUAUUAAAAGAAAGGCGAAGAUAGUGUGGAUGCUGGAAAUUUGAAAUAAAAACGUUGUUGGAAAUAUCCACCACACAUGUCAACAUCUGUGGAGAGAGAAAAACAAUUAGCGUUUUGAGUCAAAUGACUUCAGAACAGGAAAACGUAUGAGAGCUUUUUGUAUUUAAUCAUUUUCCAUUGCAAAAUUUUCCAUAAUCUUGAAAGAUCUUGCCUUGAAGAGGUAACUAGAUAUUUUUAAUGCAAUCUUUACCUAGUUAGCUAAAGUAUAUUAAGCUCUUUUUCUGAAUAAAAGUACUGUGAAUCUUCUUGAAACGUGCAUUUUGUAUUUGCAACAAGUCAGUACAAAUGUAGCUAUAUGCAAUUUUGGCAAAUUGCUAUGGCACAGCUUAACUGACCUGCAAAAGCAUCUGAAUUGACAAGUUGUAAUUAGGUUGAAUAUGAGUGAGCUUGGGCUGUGCACUGAAGGCAGUUUUAUGCACACUGGGAACUGUAAUGCUUUCAAAUGUAAUGUUAUUCUGUUUUACACUGAAAAUAUUUAAACCUAUAUGUAACUGCUAGUAUUUUAAAUUUACUUUAGUUCUUUUAUUGGUGAGAAUGCCUUUUCCCACUGUUUUAUUUCUGGUGGAAAAUAUAUAGAAAAUAAUGGGGUUCUCCUUGCACUCAAUUAUUUCAGUAAUUUAAAGUUUUAUGGUUUCAUAAAUGAGCGUUAAGUUGUAUUUGCAACACGAGAAAAUUUAAACCAUAUUAUCAUGCUUUCCAUUCUUGAUGUCUGUACCUUUCCAUGAAUAAAGCAAAUACACCAAGAUA